GCCCUGACGGACGCGACUCCGCGAGUAGGAUUGGCCGUCGCGCUGGUCGACGUCAGCAGCGCACGUGUACUGCGUGCCCUUUUCGGCAGCCUGGCUGGGCACUCGCAGACGGUGCAUCGUGGCGAGCUUCGAGCGCUCUUGCUUGCCGUUCAGAGGUCGGCUGGCCAAACUCUCUGCGUUUCCGACAACUUGGCGGUCUGCGAGGGCUGGUGGGGCAGGUACGACCAGACCCCGUGCGGCGAGGACGCCGACCUGUGGCGGCUGAUGGGCGAGGAGUUCGCGCGACGGCCGCGCGGCGAGUUCGUGGUCUCCCAUGUCCUCUCGCACAUGGACCCCGAGAAGGCCGCAGCCCUCGGGGUCGACUACUGGGUCAUGCAGGGCAAUGCCGUGGCGGACGCGAUCGCUGGGGUCGCAGCCAACCUGGUGCGGCUUUCUACGGAGGCCCGCGGGCGCAUCGCUUGCGUCGAACACACGGCCCUGCUAGUGAGGAGGCGGCUGCUACGGGCUACCAUCGACGCCAUCGAGGCGGAGGGCCAGUCCGCCAAGAGGAAGCCGCGGCGGGCCCGCCUGGUGCCUCCCGGGCAGCAAGCCAUCGCCGUCCUCUGCACCGCGCACGUGCUGGAUGGCGCAGGCGGCUGCCAGCCAGAGGUGUCGUUGCUCGGCCUGGCACGGGGCCCGCACGGCUUGGCUUCAGGCACCGUGCGCAGGGCUGCGAGCGGUGAGCCGCAUGAGGGCCACACCCUGUGGCUGCACGCGACGGUCGACAUCUGGCUCGGCAUCCG